CUCUCUCUCUCUCUCUCUCUCUCUCUCUCUCAUGAGCUUUCUCUGUCGUCUAUCCUCUUCCUCUAUAUAAAUAGAUGUGGCCUCUUGACAUUCGGAACGCAUACAACCUGUUCGAAGAAAUAACCCGAAGGUGCCAUUUUCUGCGUAACUCUGUACAUUGUUUAUCAAACAUUGCAUCGAAUCAAACCCAUUCCAACGAAUACCCAAUUCGAUUUUCUAAUGAAAAUGAAACUGUUAUAUCUUGGACCUCAAAAAUCUCAACUUUAGUGAGGAGAGAGAAGCCCCGAGAGGCCAUUGGGUUGUUCAAAUCCAUGCUUGUAAACAAUCAAAGGCCAAAUUACGUGACUAUUUUGAGCGUCACACGGGCCGUUGGUGAUUUGGGUUCUGAAAAUAUGACCCAGGCAAUUCAUGGGUUGUUGUUAAAAUUGGGGUUUGAAUCAGAAAUUCCGGUCGUAACUGCCCUUCUAGGUGUUUACUCUAUGUGGGACGUUGAAGUUGUAUGGAAGCUGUUUGAUCAAAUACCCAAGAGAGAUAUGGUUUUGUGGAAUGCAAUGGUUUCAGUAUGCGCCAGGAGCGGGCAAUACAGAGAGGCGUUUGAGAUUUUUAGGGAAAUGCAGUACGAUGGUGUCAAACCAAGCGAUGCCAGCAUUGUAAGCAUACUACCUGCUUGUGCUGCUCUUGCUAAUUUGUCCUUGGGCAGACAGGUACAUGGUUUCUCUGUGAAAUGUGUCUGUUAUCCUUAUACAAAUGUUCAAAACUCACUUGUAGAUAUGUAUGCAAAAUGUGGGAAACUUGAGACCUCCAUUCAAGUGUUCAAUAGAAUUGAAAAGAAGGAUCUUGUUUCUUGGAGGACUAUGCUUCAUGGGUGUAUCACCAAUGAUUGCCCACUAACAGCACUGAAAAUGGUAUCUAGGAUGCGAUCUAGUUGCUUUAGACCAGAUGAACUUGUUAUCCUAGAUGCAAUUGGAGCCUCUGCUCAAGAAGAAAAACUUUGUUUUGGUCUUGGAUUUCACGGUUAUAUCGUGAAAAGUGGUUUCUUGGAUUUUGUUUCGGUUGUGACUGCACUUCUCCAAAUGUAUGCGAAGUUUGGAGAGUUUGGUUCAGCUGGGGUUUUAUUUUAUCAUAUCAAUCAGAAAGAUCUUAUUGCUUGGAGUGCCAUGAUAUCGGCAUAUGCGCAGGGUGGACAUCCUUUGAAUGCUUUAGACACUUUUAAAAAGAUGCAAUCAACAAAUGAGAAGCCUAAUGAGAUCACUUUAGUCAGUGUAUUACAAGCUUGCUCUUCUUUGGGAGUUCAAGAACUUGCGGAGAGCAUCCAUGCACAUGUGACUAAAGCUGGCUACUGUUCCAACACAAUACUAAUACCAGCAUUAAUUGAUAUAUAUUGCAAAUUCGGAAGGAUAAGGCAAGGAAAGGCUCUUUUUGAUGAAAUUCGUAUCAAAGAUCUUGUAUGUUGGAGCUCAAUGAUCAACGGUUAUGCGAUAAAUGGGUGCGGUAUCGAGGCUCUGGAGACUUUUUCAAAAAUGUUGAGCUUUGGGUUAAAGCCCAAUGAAAUUGUUUUUAUUUCUCUUCUAUCUGCUUGCAGUCAUUGUGGGCUGGAAAAUGAAGGCUGGAAAUGGUUUUAUGCAAUGGAAAGGAUAUACGGUAUUGCUCCAAAACUUGCACACUAUGCUUGCAUGGUGGAUCUGCUUAGUCGUCAAGGACAUGUGGAAGAAGCCCUUGAAUUUGUGAAAGGUAUGCCUAUUGAGCCUGAUAAAAGAAUUUGGGGUGCUCUACUUGCUGGUUGUAGAUCAAUUCGUGGCUCUAUCGAGGUAGCAGAAUUUGUGGUGGAACAGCUCAUCGGCUUGGGCCCAGAAAGUACUAGUUGUUAUGUGGUAUUGUCAAACUUGUAUGCAGAGCAGUGUAGAUGGCAAGAUGUGGAGAGGUUGCGGGAUUUGGUAGACAAGAAGGGAUUGAGGAAGGAAAUAGGCUAUAAUCUUUUCCAUAUAAGCUUUGAUUUAUGUACUGUUGUCAUGAAAGAAGGAAUACUUGAAGUACUACUUGUCAGUGCAAAAGGCAUUAGAAACACCAAUGUUAUUGGGAGAUCAGCAUAUUAUGUGGUCAUUGAAUGUGGUGCUCAAGUGGAAAGAACCAAAACUUCAACAGGCAAUCACAAAGAAAUAUGCUGGAACGAAAAGUUUGCAUUUGAAUUUCCCUCUUCCGAAUGGGAAAACUUGACUCACCUCAAAUUUAAAAUCAUGGCUGAGGAAUGUUUGUUUGAAGGUGGAUUUGUUGGUGAAACCAUAAUUUAUCUCCAAGGAAUAAUCAUGGAGGGAAAUGACAAUGGAUUUUUAGAAGUAAGACCAGCUCCGUACAAUGUUGUGCUAGAAGAUGACACUUACAAAGGAGAGAUCAAGAUCGGGAUCAAAUUCUUUCCUAAUAAAGCAACGUAUACGGACAGAGGAAUACAUGUCAAAGAGGAACCGGAAUCAAGACAAUCGAUAUGUAGAACCAUCAUGAAUCUCGUUAGAAUCCCAUGGGGGAGGUUCUUGUUUUUCUAUAAUCGUAAUUGUGAAGACAAGCAAAAGCAAGUUUAGGAGGCAACUGGGUUGUAAUAAUUUUUUCCCGAAUCGGCAACUGGGUUGUAAUAUUAGUUGUGUCUGUGGCCUUGUAAUAUUAGUACUUCAGACAUUUCGGACUCAAAUAUUGACAUGGGUGUUUACUUGCAUGCUUUCACAUCACAUCAUAAUGACAUAAGA